GAGAUAUCUGCAGACCUUUCCUGAUCUACACAGGCCAGAGACUGUAAGAGGAAACAAGAAGGAUCCCUGCUGGGAGUCUUGCGAUUUGCCUGAUCUCUCGCUGAUAAUGGAUACACCAGAUACCCUCCUGUUUACCGUGCAUGGCAACGUUGCCAGAGUUGGAUUACCUCCUAGAGAUCCCUUGGAUGGGUUUAAUGACAGAUCUAAAAUUGUAGGGAAGCUGAAUAAUGUCAGUAAGAUUGCCUUUAACCCAGAAGGGGUGCUGUUUGCUGUGCGUGGUACAGAGCUCUUCGCAGGAGCUUUGCCUUCAAAUCCAAACCUGGACUGGUUCUCUACUGCGAAGAGAGUGGGCAAAACCAACUGGGAUGGGUUAAAAUUUCUCUUCUUUGAUCCAAAUGGCAUUUUGUAUGUAGUUACCAAGAAAGGGGAGUUCUUCAAGGGUCCAGCACCAAGCAAUGAAAAUGUGUCCUGGCUUUAUGGCCAAGCCACCAAAAUUGGAAACCAAUGCUGGAAUGAAUUUGAUGCCCUUUUCUUUGACCCUAAAGGCAUCAUGUAUGCAGUAACAAAGGAAGAGAAGCUUGUGAUGAGAAGCCCACCAACCAAACCAGAUGAUAACUGGCUUGCCUCCAGCACAACCAUUGGAAAUAGAGGCUGGCGCAUCCUCACCCAUUUCAUGGCUUUCUCCCCAGAGUUUGACCUGUGGUGUGUGGAUUCAAAGAAUGGCAACAUCUAUAAAGGGCCAGCCCCGACCGUUACUAAUGCCGGCUAUCUGAAGUAUGCACAGAAGCUGGGUUGGGAUUACAAUAUGUACCCCCUCCUUUCCUUCACAAUUGAUAAAACCAUCCAGAGCAUUGUUGGGUUUGAAUUCCUGCCAGGUUCCGGGAAAAUUCUAUCGCAAGGCACAGAGGUGGUGCAGUCCCAGAUCUAUGUGAACAAGAGCAGCACUCCAUUAAAGCACAACUUCUCGUUCUCAAAGACCAUGACUGAGAGCAGCACCUUCAGCCAGGAACAUGGAUUCACAGUCUCUGUUGGUGCAGAGAUGGGCUUUAAAGCUGGAGUCCCAUUCAUAGGGGAAACCGAGUUAAAGAUUUCCAUCAAUGCGAGCACAACUCAUACCUGGAACUUCACCAAGACCAAUGAAACUCAGACUACCUUCUCCUCCAGUACAGAUGUGGAGGUACCAGGUGGACAUUCAAUACGUAUGGUGGCAUCUGUGGUAAAGGGAGAAAUGGACGUGCCUUACCGUGCCAAGGUCCGCACCUUGUUUGGCUAUGAAUCCUACAUCGAGGGAUUAUGGAAAGGGGUCACUCACUAUAAUCUGAUGGUCAGCCAGGAAGACUACAAGCCAUGAGAUAGACAUGACUUCUAAUAAAGCCAUGCAAUCGUCCUGCAUGGAACCUGAUAAGGGCAUAGUGGCAACAGUUCUAUUCAUGGUCUAAUAUGAAUGGCUCUGAAAGUUUAUCUGACAUGCCAUGUUUUGGUGAAUAAAAUGUAUGUUCUAGAA